AUGUCCUCUCUCUUUCGAACUGGACAUGUUCUUCGAGGUAAAUUAGGGAAAUACACAAUCGCAAAGCGAGUCCGAGACACUACCGUCAUCAUUAAGGGCGUUGAAAAUCAUCCACGUGUGAACAAUGAACUAGAUAUUCUCAAACGCUUUCAGGCCAAAACUUCUUGCCUCCGACCUGUCCUUGAUGAAAUUGAAGAUCCUCCCGAGCUAACUAUCAUUGUCUUGAACCACUUUGAAGAUGAUCUUCUUCAAGCAUCAAAGACAAGGCCCUUGAACCGAAAGAAGCUUAAUUGCGUCUCACGGCGUAUUCUUGAAGCGCUCAAUUGUCUCCACCAGGGCGGUUAUAUACAUGCAGAUUUGAAACCAGAUAAUAUCUUUGUAAAUUACGCCGACCGAGGCGUAGGGAACCAUGUGCGAUUUUCAGAUGUUCGACUACGGGAUCUUGGUGACACAUGCCCUAUUGACUCGAAGUGGGCAAGGUCAGGCACUCCAUUAGGGGCGCCGAUGUGGCACAGCCCAGAACUGAUCAUGGAGACUCCGUGGGGCUCUCCAACCGAUAUUUGGUCAUACGGAGCUGUGGUGAGCUUCUCAAUUCUGUUCAAUGAACUGAUCUUGCAAUUUCGAUAUUUUGGCCCCUGGCCUGGUAAGUAUGAAGAGGUUGCAAGUCCCGAGACUUUACAUGCCAUUAGGUGGGUUAUGCAGGAGAUUCCCAAAUCAGAAACUACCCCAUUUGCUAUGAUAACGGAGAAAGAAGUUUGUAAGAGAGAUAAGGAGUUCAUUAUGGAGAUCAGGAAGUUGGACUGGAGGGAUAGGCCAUCCGCCAGGGAGUUGUUGGAGCAUGAAAGGUUGAAGGAGGGUGACAAGGAGUAA